AUGCGAGCCGCGUUGGACUAUGAUUACUUGUCGCUCUCAUUAUUUCUUGUGAAAUAUUUUGUGGUCUCCGGUGUGAUGGUUGCGCAAUUGUUUUGCUUCGAUGAGCUGAACAAAAAGGUGAGUUUUGCGGGAAUUGACCAACAAAAUCGCACAAAAAAGUGUACUUUUGAGAUGUCACGUUGUCAAAUUUGGGAAAAUUGUACGAGUCCAAUUUUUGCGUCAUAAGAUGCAUAAAUAAACAAAGCACGGAAAAUAUCACAAAACAAAACAGUGGCGGACCUGAUCCAAUGGCAAAAAACGUACCAUUUUGCAUCCGGGAAGCAUCAAAAAUGUGGCAAAAUACUCCUCUCUCUAACUAAAAACUCCGGUUUGAAGAUCGUGCUUUAUCCGCCACAAAAAGAUUAGGCGCGCCUUUGAAACUGGAGGUUUUUUCACUUGGAGAGGGACGCAUUUCGCCACAUUUUUUAUACUUCCCAGAUGCAAAACGGUGCGUUUUUUGCCACCGAAUCAGGUCCGCCACUGUAUUAUAUUCUGAAUUUUUCAUCUGCUCUCUGGACUUUGUGUUAUGACGCAAAAACUAGACUUGUACUAUUUUCUCAAAUUCGCCAACGUGACAUUUCAAAAGGACAUUUUCUGUGGGAUUUCAUUGUAAAAGCCUAAUAAAAAGUACUCUUUCAGACCUCCAACAGUACUGUAAUCCGGUUUGUCCUCACAUUUUCCUCACUCUUCGUUGUUGCUCAAUUCAUCAGCGACUUUUAUUUGGUCGAAUUUUUGCAAAAACAGCUUUGGUUCAGCAUCUGCAUUCUUUUUGUUGUGCUCUUUGGAUUCAUUGAGUAAGUCAAAAAAUCUGUUUUCGAAAUCAUUUUUUAGAGAGGUUAAACUGCCAUUCAAAGGUUGCUGCAAGAAAGCAAAAAAUCAUCGUCAAAUGAUGUUGAAUAAGGUCCGAUAUCCCAUUCAAAUUUCCAUCAUCGACAAUCAAAAAUCUCCAAUUGAUUUCAAAGUUUAA